UGCACCAGCUUGGCCACAAGAGAAUGGAGUGAAACAAGAGGGUACUGAUCAUUUUACGGUGAAGAAGAUGAAGAUGGAUGAUGUAUCAAGCCAAAAAUUGUGGUACCCUAGCUUAUGUACAUGCGCCGACCGAAUGAUAUUAGUCGAGGGCUUGUUGCCAUGAGCUCCUGCUCUCAGUCAAACAUGGGGAUGCUAGCGGUAAACAUCGUUACAAACACGCAUUAUCCUAUCAUUGAUGACAUCUGUGUUGAUAGCCUCUACCUGUCGUCAUAUACUGUAAGCUUGUGGGGAGGUUGGUCCUCAGCAAGCUGACCAGAUUGGACCUCUAGUGGAGGGACCUGGUGCCAAGAGGGACCAGAAGCCAUUCACAUUACCCAAACUCUCAUCCUCCCAGAAUGAACUUAUACAACGAGCGAAGAAAUAUGCUAUGGAACAGAGUAUUAAGAGCGUCCUGGUGAAGCAGACUAUAGCCCAUCAGCAGCAGCAAAUGCAGAAUUUCCAGAACACGGUCCAGCGGCAACAGGCUUUGGCGUUGAUGUGCAGAAUCUAUGUUGGCAGUAUUAACUUUGAGAUCAAAGAGGACACUAUCAAGCAGGCAUUCCUCCCAUUUGGCCCCAUCAAGAGCGUCAACCUUUCCUGGGAUCCGGUCACCAACAAACACAAGGGCUUUGCCUUCAUUGAGUAUGAGAUUCCAGAGGCAGCGCAGCUGGCACUGGAACAGAUGAAUGGGGUCAUGAUAGGAGGGAGGAAUAUCAAGGUAGUUGGACGUCCGAGUAAUAUGCCACAAGCUCAACCUAUUAUUGAGCAGCUUGCUGAAGAGGCCAAAAACUACAAUCGUAUUUACAUAGCAUCCAUCCAUACAGACCUCACAGAGGGAGAUAUCAAAAGUGUCUUUGAAGCUUUUGGUAAAAUUGUGUCUUGUAAAAUCAUCUCGGACAAUCCAAAAGGAGGAAAACACAAGGGCUAUGGCUUUAUAGAAUAUGAAACAUCUCAAGCAGCCUUGGAUGGAGUGACCUCUAUGAACUUGUUUGACCUUGGAGGUCAAUAUCUACGCGUUGGGAAGGCAAUCACCCCUCCGGAUGCUCUUCAACCAGCUUCAGGACCAGGCAGCCUUCCUACAGCAGCUGCCGUAGCAGCAGCUGCAGUGACAGCAAAAAUUACUGCAAUGGAUGCUCAACAACAAAUUAGUCAAGUACUUGCACCUCCAGGAGUAGCAACGCCUACUGGCCUUGGCACAAAGACUCCCGAGCGGGUAGUGCCGGAACCAGGUGUGGUAGAACCUACUACUCUUCACGGAGGUGGAAUGCCGAUGGGUGUAGCUGCACCUGCAAUCCCACCUCCUGGUGUUGUGAAUCCAGUACCUGGAGGUGGCAAUAUCCAGAUACCCCAGGUGUCAGGUCCCCCAUUACAGAUUCCACUUCCUCCUGGGGCACUCAGUCAGUUCCCUGCACAGGCUACCAAGGAGGAGGAGAAGAAGAAAAAACCAUCAGAGGAGGAUGUGGCUCAGACUCUCGACCAACAGGAGAACAUGAAGAUUAGUGGCAGCAAUGCCAGGCAUAUGGUCAUGCAGAAAUUGAUGCGCAAAUCAGAUUAUCGAGUAAUGGCAUUACGAAACAUGGUUGGACCAGAGGAUUUAGAUGAUGAACUAGAAAAUGAAGUGACAGACGAAUGUGGGAAAUAUGGUGUUGUGAAUCGUGUCAUUAUUUAUCAGGAAAAACAGAGUGAAGCAGAAGAUGCAGAAAUAAUUGUUAAAAUAUUUGUGGAAUUUUCAAAUCAAAAUGAGGUGGAAAAGGCGUGCCAGGCAUUAAAUGGACGAUUUUUUGGUGGUCGCAUUGUCACAGCAGAAAAAUAUGACCCAGACAUGUUCAAUGCGAAUGAUCUCUCAGGAUGAGUGCAUAAUAUUGCUAUAAUAUUGAUAGAAACUCUUUAGUAAGAAUCCAUAACCUGCCAGGAUUUGUUAAGGUCCAUGACAAUGGGAUGGAACAGGGCACACAAAGCCAGGAGAAGAGAUGUGAGAAGAAGACAGUAUCUACAAAAUGUAUACACUCCAAUCUCGCACAGACCCAUAGCUUCCUGGCUCUGUGCCAGAUACACACAAAGAAGUCAGCAUGUCCAUUGUAGACAAAAUUGAUUCCAGAUGGUAUGAUGUUGAGCAGGCAUACAAAUAAAACUAACAUAUCCCUGAAGAUCUUGCCUGUUCUGCACAGUAGUCUCUAUACAAACAGUGGACAUUGCCAUGCAGAUUCUGGGCGAGAACAACUUGCCUCCAAUAGGCAAAGGCCAUGGAUGAGUUGUAGGUCAGUUGAAGAACUGACAACUGACACACAAAGUGCUUGUAGGAUCAAUCAAGUGUGUUGGUAUGCGCAAGUCAUUCGGGUAGUGACCGUGGCUAUCCAAAUGACAAGGACACCGGUGUGUUGAUGAUCGAAACUCUAACUAGUGUUGGCUAGUAUCCUGUUUCUAGAAUGAAAGAUGUGUGCUGUAAAUCACUUCAGUUUUAAUUCAUUGAUACUUUCCUGCUCUUUCUUGAAAAUCAAGCGAAUCAAAAUACUUCAGAAAAACUUGUCAGCAAAAACACCAUACUCUUCUUGAACAUAUCAAUGUUUAAUACAUGGUAACUCGUUGAUAUUCAGUCAGUAACUCCUUCACAAUUUACAAAAGAUCCCAAAUCAUAUGAACUGAAUUAAAACAUUUUAUCGAUAUACUUGCUCAAAUUAAGAUUUACAUUAUAUGUAUAUUGAAUUUGGUAAACAGACUACUACCUUUAAAUAUUAGCAAGGAAAUUGAUGCUAUCAGUACUUUACAUGAAGGAAUUAUCUAGCUUUAAGUAUAAAUGAUUGACAGUAGUAAGUACCUUCUUAAAGCAAGUUAAUUUAAUUUCUUGAAUGAAUCUGGAUAAGUGAAUUCCAAAAAUAGAGGAGAGGUGUUAAGUAAAGAAUGUAUCCUAAUAAGUUUUUGGAAAUCAGUGGGAUUGUAUUUCUCUAAGGCAUAUAGGAGCUAUUACUUUAUCCAUGGAAGUGAUGUUCGAGUUUUACUUUCAAUUCUCAAAAUGAACAUAAAUGUGCAGUCUAAGGUCUAAUACAAAUAAAUUUUCAUUCUUUAAAUUUUAAAGAUUGAUAUGUUGCCAAAGUUUCUAGAUUGUAGUGAUUACUUUAUGAAGAUUUUAAAUUGGUUGAUUACUACAUAAUGUAUUAAACAUUUCUUAAAUCAUUUUCAUCUUCAUCAUAAAAGAAUGUGGAUGUGAAUGGGAUAUGAAUGUGUGAAGAUGAUAUGGUACAAGAUGACUUGACUGGUAACCAGUAAAUAUUUCUCAUUGUUGUGUGUGACACAUUUAGUGACAUUGAUGUAUUCUCUACCAUUUCAUCCAACUCCACAUCAAUGCAUUUGUUUUGGUACAAGUGAAUAUUUUUAUUGUGUCAUUUGUUUUCAUCAAUGCAUUUGUUUUUGUACAAUUGUACACUUUGAUCAUGUAGUUUUGUUUUCGCUUGGUCACAGAAAGAAUGAUAAAACCUGUUGUUAAUAAUGUUAUGUGGUACAUUUUAAAAUAUAGUUGAACAAAAUUUUUUAAAAAGACUGAAAGGCAACCGAGUCCUAUUUUCAUGCUUCGCUACAAAACCAAAAUGAAUUUUGAUGACAGGCUAGUUUAUGUGUGAUAACACUAUUUCACUGUUUGGAAUAUUUUAAAUUUUUUGUAUAGAUGACUGUAGCCUCUAAAUCAGUUAUAUAUAUUUCAAGUUUAUCAUUUUAUUGAAACCUCAGAACAUUUAAUUCAAAAACAAAAAGAGAACAAAUUCAAUUGGUGCAAUAAUGUGUUCUGAUCAGCUCCAAAUUGGCGAUUAUUUUAAAAGCACCUAUAUAGUGUUUUUCAGUAUGUAUGCCCCUGUCAUUUAUGGAGACACAUUAAGAGUUGUCUAUGUCUCGCACGUCCAUUGCCAAAUCACUGAAAUCACUAAAUUUGGAUUUUGAUAAAAUGUAUUAAAACCAAGACAAUCUACAACAAAACUUUUGAUGAGUGUAUAACAGAUUCGAUUGUCAAUGCUUAUAUAAAUAUUUUGAACAAUGAUACUUAUUUGCCUAGAGUGAGGGCAUUUGUCUUUAGAUGUUUUUUUUUUAACUUAACUUAAACAUUAUCAUUAUUAACAAAAAUUGUUUUUAAAUUAGCAGAGGUUAACCAGUCGCAUUUCCCUUCAGAGACUUGAAAUAAAUGGUAUAUCAUUCUCAUAAAUGCCAUAAAGAAAUUGUAUCACCUGUGUGGUGGUUUUCAUGUGUCAUUGAAACUGAUAUUGUCUGUUAUAUACCUGCAUUUUCCGCAAGGAUAAAUGUAAGAAUUUGUUACUUAAUAAAACAAAAUAUGAUUGUU